AUGGCAAGAGCAGGAGGGAUAACGAACGCAGUGAAUGUAGGGAUAGCAGUACAAGCAGAUUGGGAGAAUCGAGAAUUCAUUUCUCACAUUUCUCUCAACGUCCGUCGUCUCUUCGAUUUCCUCACCCAAUUUGAGGCAACUACCAAGUCUAAGUUGUCUUCUCUCAAUCAAAAGCUUGAUACCUUGGAGCGCCGUUUAGAGCUUCUCGAAAUCCAAGUCAGUACUGCCUCUGCCAAUCCUUCUCUUUUCACCACUUCUUGA